AUUCACACUCCCACCUCUUAUAAAAACCCUGCCUCCAUUCCCAAAUCUCCAUCGAGAUAACAGCGAAAAACCCUAAUUUCGAGAAGCAGAAGAAAGCGAGUCCGCCAUGCCCAGACCUCUCAAGCUCUUCUCAAUCCUAGCGGCUCUCUUCCUCGCCAUCUCCGGAGCUCGAUCCGCCCCUUGCCGGAGCUCCGAUAUCUCCGUCCACCAGUCUCGAACCGGUCGGAUCGUCGAAGGAAAACCGGAAUACGAGGUGCAUGUAAGCAAUCUCUGCCAUUGUCUGCAAUCUAGGGUUGUGGUUCGCUGCUACGGCCUCAGCAGCGUGGAAGCCGUCGAUCCGAGAUCGAUCAAACCGCUCGACGAAGAACGGUGUCUUGUCGGCGGCGGGGGGGCGGGCGCUCCCGGUGCGCUGGUAAGAUUUAAGUAUGCUUGGUUAACUCCGCAGGAUUUCCCUCUUGUUGCUUCUAAAAUCCAUUGCUAGGGUUUUAGGAAUUUAGUUGUGAACAAUGUGCUGGUCUAAGGUAUCGGCCGUUGAAUCUAUAGUUUAGGGUGUUAGGGUUUGGAAGCGUGGAGAUGGAGAAAUUCGUGUAUUGGUCUUUUUGGGGCUUCAUAUAUUUUAUGUUUUGUGUUUUUUUAUAAAUGAAAUAAAUGGAGUUCUGUUUUUUUUUUU